AUGGAGCGUGAAGAGUGUCUUUCGAUUCUUGCUGAUGUGCUCCAGCAGUUCAGCCCCAGCGGGAGUGCUGAUCAGGCGGAAGACUGUUUAUCCAGAUUGGGAUAUGUGGUGACAUUGACAGCCAAUGUUGAAUCGACGAGGGACUUUCUAGGACUGUCGGUGUCCAUUUGGUCGAAACUUUCAGAGGCCAUAGGAGCUUUUGUUGAUAAUUUGGCACCAGAUCUCAAGGAAGAUGCACUUUCGAUAUUACGAGUUCGUAUAGUUCGUGGUGUGGUGUUGACCGCCCGAAACCUGGUUGUGGGAGUGAAGAACGCAUUGAAAUCCGAGGACAAGCACAAAACGACCAAUGGCUUCAACUUGAACACUCGUGAGCUUUACAGCUUGAUUAUUCAAAACCAGAAACAUGUGAACGCGCUGGCGAUGUUCAGUCUGGACAACCUGGAACAUGCCAAAUUGCAGGGUCCGGAGGAUCUCAAGAUCCCCAUCGUCGAGCUUUACAUGAAGACCAUCGCGGCUUGUUUUCAAUACCUCACAAACCUUUCGACAGCUGAUAUAGAAGACAUUCAUGAUGUUGCGCAUCAUCUGGACUUGAAAGGAGUGAGUCCGUUGCUACACAGAGUGGUUAUGUUCGACGGAGACAUGGGCAAGAUGCCAGCCAACUCCCAUAUUAACGUGUUUGGAAGCUCUGAGGUGAUAAUACCUUUUUCCAUUUACGUCAACAACAUUUCAAACAACCCUUGCAUCAUACAGGAGCUUUUUGAUAACCCGAUGGCUGCCGGAUUGCUAAAGCAUUUCAUAGAUAAGUACGAUGUGUCUGAUCGGCAGACACUGGAGGCGUUUUCCGAGGUGGAUUAUUUGAAUAUGUCCAUUUCAUUCAAGGUGGUCACUCAUGAAGGAUUUCUUGCUUUUAGCAAGCAACUGGUCCAGCAAAAUGACGAAGAAGCUCACCAGGUGAUGUUCCAGCUGCUUAAGUUGGUACAGCUAUUGACGGCUUCGAAGGAGUGGGAUUGGGACAGCAACAAGCUCACGAUAGUGAUCACCUGGCUGUUGGAGAUUUACAGAAGUCUCUCUAGAGAGGCAACGCCGUUGCUGAGUGCUGAAGGCCUGACGGUAGCUGAGAAGGAGACUUUGUCAAAGAACCAGAAGUCUCUUCUUUGUGCACUUGACACCAUCGGCUCUCUUUGUCAAUACGAUCAUGUCAGGAAUUACCUCAACAGCUACAAGUUCCUCGAAGAGUUGAUUGCAUUUCUCCACAUUGUGCACAACAACACAGAAAGAAAGACGUUGAAGUCUUCAACUGACUCGGUCUCAGCAGGGAAAAAAGAAUACCCAAUGAUCAAGUCGGUUAUAAUAGAGAUUAUCACCUUUCUGAUAUACCAGAACUUUGAGAAUCAGGAAUUGGUUAGAAAUCUACAUGCUCUGGAGGUAGUCCUAUCCAAUUGUAACUUGGACAAGAACGAGCCUUUCGUCAAAGAACGUGCCAUUCUCUGCAUAAAGUACUUGCUUGAGAACAACCCAGGGAACCAGGAGUUCGUCCGCAAGAUGGAAGCCCAGAGAACUGUUAUAGACAAAGAGGAUGAGGCCAUAUUGGAGAGGACUGGCUUUGAAGUCGACAUCGUUGACGGAAACGUUCGUUUGAAAAGGAGUGAUAAGCUCCAAGAACUUGAGAGGAAGAACUAG